AUGGGUGAUUUUCGCACCCAGAUGCGCAAUGCGGGCGGAACCGUGAAGGUUGCGAAGAACCGCCUUGCAAAAAUCGCUCUUCAGGGCACGGAAGCCGAAGGCAUGUCGGACCUUUUUUCGGGUCAGACGCUGAUUGCCUAUGCCGAAGAUCCGGUAACGGCUCCCAAGGUGGCAAGCGCUUUUGCCAAGGGCAACGACAAGCUCGUCGUCCUGGGCGGUUCGCUUGGCGCCACGGUUCUCGAUGCGAAUGGCGUGAAGGCUCUGGCCGAACUGCCCUCGCUCGACGAGCUGCGUGCGAAGCUGGUCGGCAUGAUCCAGACGCCGGCAUCGCGCAUCGCCCAGGUCACCAGCGCGCCGGCGGCACAGCUCGCCCGCGUGUUCGGGGCCUAUGCCCGGAAGGACGAGGCAGCGUGA